AUGGCCUUUUUCCCAGAAGAAAACCCAUUCAGGACGGCAUUCCGGCUGGUUCUAAGCUGGCUCAAGGUCUGGGGCGGCCGCAUCGCCCAGGCCGGCAGCAGCCCGAGGCGCCAGCCGAGGCCCCGCCAAUGGGACCCGGAGGCCCUUCCCGACAUAACGCUGCAGCCGGUCGAGAUGGCGCGGACGAGACCACCGCCGCCGCCACCGCUGCCACCGCCGCCUUUUGACGAGGCCGUCCUGAGCUGGAUGCGUCUGUGGCAUCGGCGCAUGGCCCACAGCAGCCUCGAGGUCCUGCUUACCAUGGGCAAGGGCGCACCCGUGUGGAUGGAGACGCCGCUAAACCUGCCUGAAGCAGAUAGGUUGGCUCCGUAUAGAGAUAAUUUGGACUGUGAGGUCUGCGCCGAGUUGUACGGGACAUCUGGGGGUCCAAGGUCCAAGCCGUCAAAGCUUCGCCAAAGUAUACGCAAGUCUUUCCUCGCAAGGCGUUCAAUGCACAAGGCGGCGCGGAAAAAGCCUACGAUUGUUCCGAGGCGAGAGACCUUGGUAUAUGACAGAUAUAAUGGUGGGAUGAUUUGA